CACCAUGAAAGUAAAGUGAGCUGUUCCCUGCCUGGAUUUGCCUGGGAUGGACGCCUGAGAUCCCCUUUCCUCCCUGUUUCAGACUGGAGUCUGUGGAGGCCAGGAGGACUGGGUGGAGCUGACGGCCAGCUGAGGCCAUGGGCUGUGCGCCCUCCCACAGUGACAUUGCCUGCAGCGUCGCCAAGAGUGGCAUCCAGUUUUUCAAAAGGCCAUGCAGGGCACUUUUGUGGGGACCCCAGGGGCCAGGUGAUGGCUGCACCCUCCCUCAACUGGUCCAGAGCUCCACCUGCUACGAGCCACCAGGCCAGGGCUGGGCCCAGAGGCAGAGGUUGGCAGAGGAGCAGUCCAGCUCCCAUUGGGUCCAGACAGAGGCUGAGACCCAGCUUCUGAGAGAGACCUCUGCAGACAGGCAGAAAGGCCCAGAAGGAUUGACCCUGAGCCUCCAAACUCCUGAAGCAUCACCAAGCCACAUGGCGAAGGACCAGACAGAGCAGCGUGAAGACAGUGGUGCCCGGGGGCCCUGCACAGGAGGACAGGAAGCAGGAAGCCUCAGUGCCCAUCAGGCCACACUGCCCAGCCCUGGGCCAGAGGGCAAAGUGGACUUCCCUGAGCCACUGGUAAGAGCGCACCAGCGCACUUAUGCCUUCCUGCACUCCAGCCUGGCCAGGUAUGAGGCCGUGCUGCGUGCCACCCACCAGGCCGCCCGCACCCAGGAGCUACUGCAGCCCAUGCUGGGCCUCCUGCUGGUCUGCUUCCAGGAAGCCAACCAGCUGCUGGGGGAGAUAGCGGCCGAGGGUGACACGCUGCUCCGGGAUGUGCGGGGGGACCUGGCCUGGCCACCUCGGGGCAAGGGAGAGCCCCCUGAGCAGCCAGACCUCCUACAGCAGCUCCUGCAGCACACGGUCUGCAGGCUGCGGGCUCUGGGUGGCACUGUGAGCUCCGUCAGCGGUGGCCUUCUGGAUGGCUCGGGGGGCUCCCUCCACGCUGCUGCCCACCAGAUGGGAGCUGUGCUGAGCACCCAGAGAGGCCUGGAGAAGCGCAUCGUUGGGGCCCUGGGGCAGCUGGAGGGACUGGCAGGAGGGCACGGUGAGCCCAGGGAGCCAGGGGCGCCCCUCUGCUCAGAGGACAGUGGCAUCAGCGCCGACUGUGAGCUUGUGGACAAGCCGGGCCAGCAGGCCAGUGGGGACUCAGAGGCCGAGCCUACAGGAGGGGACCAGGGGCUGUCACCCACCUUGGGGGCCGGGUGUCAAAGGCCCCCCUGGAUGGGCACCCAUAGAACCCAGGAAUGCCCACUCACCAAGCCGUCCACAGCCAAGGUGAAGCCAGCUACCCAGGCCAGAGCUGGGAGCCCAGGCCCCUGCAGUGGCUCCACUCCAGAAAGGACUCCUUCCCAGGCUGGGGGGCCCAGCCAAAGCCCCCAGUGGACUCCCCCAAGGAGGGAAAUCUCUGCAGAGAUGCAUCUUUCUAAAGGCUCCCAGUGGGUGGAUGAGUUGUCCCUCAGCACAGGGGAGAAAAGCAACCCUGAUGGGGAGGAGGAUGAAGCCGGGGACCUAAGCCACUAUAUGUGGCUGGGAGACACAGGGCGGCCAAGGCCCAGGACGUCCCCUGGGAGCUCAGAAAGCAUGUUCCAGCCACACGCAGGGAGGCUGGGGAACCCCCAGGCCCAGGAAAUGAUCCUAAAAGUAAAGGAAGCCAUCAGUAAGAAGAUCAAGUUUGUGCCACUGCCUGCUGGCCCCCAGGAGUGGACGGAGGAUGAGAGGCCGUCAGAGGUGCCACCCCGGCCACGCACGGUGAGUGGUGGCAGGAGGGACACACCCAAGCCAUGGAGGUCCCUGUCAGACACCUGUCUGCAGGGCUCAGGGGGUGAACCCAGCCUCCAGAAGCUACAGGAGGUACAGAGAGAGCUGGGCCUGAGGCUGGAGGCCCCUCACACCCUGAGCAGCCAGCGGCAGGGGCAGAGCCCAGAGCAGGCACCCCGAGCCGCAUCCCUGAUGUUGGACAAGGUCGGGGGUACCCCCAGCACCCCCAUCCGCAGGCUGAAGGCCUCUCUCACCAAGAACUUCAGCAUCCUGCCAAGUCCGGACAAGAGCAUUUUGCUGAAAUGCAGUCCCUGCUCCCAGAAGACUGGGGGGCUGCCACAAGCUAACUUCUCCAGUGAGGAAGCCAGGGCCAAGCACAGGGACUCCCAGGAUCCCCCUACCCGGACAUCUGUCAGGAAACUCAUCGAGACCUUCAGCCCCACACCGACUGUGAGGACACCAGGUGACUGCCGCAAGGACUCUGGGCCCAGCCUCAGGAAGUGGGGGGUCCCCGGCGUGCCUCCCCGAUUCCCUAUUUACAGGGGGCUUGCCCCUCUGUACCCAAAGCCCCAAGUAUCCCCAGCCGGAAGGGGGCUUCUCCGAGAAGACCUGGACUGGAGACCCCUCACACACCUCUUCCCGCCGCUGCCAACAGCAAGGGUCCCUGGGGGUGAGGAUCUGGACACGGAGUUGGAGGAUGACCCAGGGGUGCUCCCUCCACCACCUCCAGAGGUCCUGAUGGACACAUCUUUCACCUGUCUGGGGCCCCCAGAAAGCAGUGAGGUGGCCGUGCCCAUGCCCCAGGGGACCCUCAUGGUGGAGUUGGGAGGAAUCAGCCCUUCCCAGACACUGUGGGCUUCCCUGAACCCAAGGGUCCCCGUGAGCUCCACAGUGCAGCUGCCCAGCAGGACCACAGCCACCCCCAUCAAGCCCCGAGCCUCAAGCUCCGGGGGCAGCAGGGGUCCCUGUCACCCAGGCAGGCCGCCCCUGAACCCUCAGCACCCCACGACAGCCAGCAAGAGCCCUGAGGUGCAGGGCAGCCAGGCUCAAGGGGACCGGGCGGUCAACCUUCCCAAGCAGGCCCGAUGGGCUGCCCCCUGGCACCAUGCCAGCCACACAUCUGGGCCGGACAGGCCCUCAGAGCCCAGCCCAGCCAGACUCCUGCAAGGACCCCCUUCUCCCAAGGCCUCCAAGAAGAACCCAGAGAGGAACCCCCCCAGGGGGAGAAAGGCCUCUCCCACAAGAACAUCAGGGACUCCCCGAGUGGACAAGAGGCCCCAAGGUCUGACCUCCUCUCCUGGAUCUGCCCAGCCAACUGUCUGCUCUGUGCAGGCCUCCCCCAGCCCACCCCUCAGCCCCCUGCUGAACCCCCCAACAACAAAGAAGCCAGGCUCCCCACUGCCCCUGCCCAGGUUGUCCAGUCCUCCCACUGGGCACCAGGUCUCAAGCCCCCCAGCCCAGCACCCGGAAGCCAGCUCCCCUUCCUCUGGCCCAUCCCCCUCCCCUCCAGUGUCCCCCACGCAGGGGUGCAAGGAAGCCAGGGAUUCUGCAGAAGGUGAAGCCACCCCAGCCAAUGCCUCGGGGAACACACGCUCGAUAUUCUGCCGGGCCACGGCCUCUCUGUUUGAAGCAAGAUUGCCAUUCUCCACACCAUCACUGCCACCUGAAGCUGGGGGAACACGUGGGAGCCCUCCGGGAUGCUGGAGGAGCAGCAGCUCAGGGUCGCCCCUGAGGAAGGGCUCCCAGCUGGGGGGGCCUCUGCGAGCCCUCAACCCUCAGCCUUUCGUCAGACAGACGGCCUCUGACCGCAGGCCCCGGGUCCGCCUUCCGCCACCCAGCUGCAGCGCCUGCAGCCAUACCUGGGAGUGCCCCCGAGCUCAAGGCAGCAGCAGUGAGGACACCCCCAAGGAGCCAGAGUCGUGGAGCAGCCCCGAGACGCCAGAACUGAAAGGCGGAGGCAGGGGUGCAUCUCCCCCAGAGCUCUGCGUGCUGGGUCGGGCGCUGCAAUGAGAGGCUAGAGCUGGCCAGGCCCAAGCCCAGCCCCAGCCAGAAACAGAGCCACCACCACUCAGGCACGAGGCCAGUGGGGUGAUGCUGCUGUCACUCAGUCCACAAGGCACAGAUCCACAGAAGGCAGGCAAAGCAGACUCCUGCUGAGGGUCCUGGAGACCUGGAUGGCUCCCUGCCCAGUGGGUCUGCUCAGUCUAAGCAGCCUCCGGUUUCAGUUCUAGAGCCUGGAUUGCCUUGGGACUCAAAGGUCAACGAUAUCUUUAGACACUACUUGACAUGCUCUGAUUCUUCAAGUGUUAGCCUUAACUUA